AUGUGUGCUGCAAUCAAUUCGACGCUUUCCGCCUACCGCACUCUCAACUCAUUAAUCUUAGUUCUGUUGGGGUUGAUCAUUGGCCAAUGUUUGUGUGUUCCGGCGUUUGAUGGCAUCCGCGAAACCCAUCCCAAUUCUUUUCCAGCUCUCGCAAAAACAGUAGAGUCGGAUAAAUACGAGAAUCCUUGGAGUUCUUCGUCAAUGAUCGAGUUGGGUGACGCCAUGUGUGGCAAACGCGCCGGCUCCGAUGGAGGUCCAAGUAAUAGUCAUAGAGUGCCAGAAGCAACCGACUCAUCAGCACUGCUUGGCGCCUUGGAAAGCGAAGUGCUGGAUGGAACCAAUAGUUUUGGCAUUGCUCCAGAAGACACCAAAGCUGUUCAUGAAGCGACCUCUGCUCUCGCCAGGCACGUCAGCUUUACGAAAGCUCCCACAAACGCCAACCAGCUAAAGGAAUCGGCGGGGACUGGUGCUGUUAAAAAAGCUGGGAGCGAUGACGCGGCAGCCUCAGCUUUCUUGAACGCAAUCGAGACGAUCAAGACGAAAAUCCUCCAGACAUCAAAAAGCAAAUAUUUUCAUAACCUGACUCAAACCACUUUGGCUCCUGUUCUUGUUUUGCUACCAGACUUCACUCGUGCAGGCUGGCACCGACUAGAGCGCUUACACCUAAGCAGCCAGCUAUCUGCGCUCCGCGAUUCCUCCAAAGUGGUGGAGUCUGUCGCUAAGAAUGGAUUUCCGUGGAGAUUCAUGGAGCUCACAGAACCUGCCGCGUUGUAUUCCGCGGGUAACCCGAACUAUGAUGAUGCGAUCGGCGUCUUGAUGUCGAGCCUGCUGAAUUGGAUCGCCAACAUCAGCCGGUCAGCCAAGUCGGUCAGCAAAUCGCCUCCGAUCAAUGAGCUCUUGUCCAUCAAAAUUUUACACAGCAUGCUGCGAUUCUUGGUCCGAUAUCAUAUCACAGAAUUUUCGAACGGGGAGAAGGCAUUUCCAAAACAUUUUAAUGUAUUGAUGCUCCAAAAAUAUGAUGAAAAAAUCAGUUCAUUCUCCGAUACACUCAAAGCAGUCUAUCAACACUAUGGCAAAACCUUGAAAGAACUUGGACUGCUCUCGGAAUUGGACCAACUUCUCCGCAAGGAAGUGGUAAACCAGAUGAUUUACUUGACGGAUGUCAACAACAGCAAUCGGCUUCCGAUAUUCUCAGUUUUGAAUAAAUUUGAACUCAAACACUUCCCUCAACUUCCCCAUUUUGACCUGAUGAUCAAAAACAUGGAGGAUAAGCUCUGGGUAACCCAUGCUACCCACAAUCUCAACUCACGUCUUCUGCAUAAUGCACUACAAGAAAUCCUUCUCCAUCCUGAGAAAUUCAUAAAUGCGUCAUGA